CACUAGCAUCAUCACCACUCGCCAGGGGAGGUGUAGUUACUGGCAGCUAAUUAUUUACAUGUAUUUUUACUGACCUCAUUUAAAAAAUAUCUCCUGGACUACUACAGCACAUCUAAAAUAUGAAGGGAAUUAAACUGCACGUUAUUCUGUUGCUGCUUUUCGCGUCUUUGCUUUGUGCAGACACGGCCAGAAGCCGGAAAGAUUCCAGCAGCAACCAGAAUAGUUUCAGAAGGGCGGCUAAUGGAUUCUACCAAGCGUUAAGCAAUGUUUUUGGUGAGGACAACAUUCGAGGUCUUUACAAGUUCUUCUCCAAGACCACGGAACGCUUUGUCCAUGGUGUCGACUCUUUCCUGGACACCAUUUGGAAGGUAUGGACGGAUCUGUUGGAUGUUAUGGGCAUUGACGCCUCCAACCUCAGCCACUACUUCAGCCCGACAUCUUUGACCAGCUCCCCAGCCAGGGCCCUGCUCCUGGUGGCAGCCGUGCUGGUGGCAUACUGGUUCCUCUCCCUGUUUCUGGGGGGGUUCUUCUACCUGCUGCACAUUCUGUUCGGCCGUUUCUUCUGGCUGGCCCGGGUAACCCUGUUCGCCCUCUCUUGCCUGUACAUCCUGCAGAAGUUUGAGGGGGACCCGGAGCGGGCGGUGCCCCCCCUGUGUUUCGUGAUGGCAGUGUACUUCAUGACCGGGCCCGUGGGGGCAUACUGGCGCAAAGGCGGCAGUUCUGCCUCUCUGGAGGAGAAGAUCGACCACCUGGACACCCAGGUGCGCCUGCUGAACAUCCGGCUGAGCAGGGUAAUCGACAGCCUGGAGCGCUCGGGGGAGAAGUAGAGAUACCCGGCAACCAUGCCUGGCAACACCUGGAGGGAGGGAGCGAGGGUGGGGGCGUGGCAGGGGGGUCAGAGUGUAUUUGGGUUUGGGAAGGAAGAUUUUAAGCAGAGGCUUUGUGUAACAAGAAAAAAGCCUAUUGUGUUUUUUAUUUAUUGAAAAUUCUGUCGGGGGGGGGGGGGGUACAUUUUUAUUAUACAGUGCAUCCACUCCUGUUGGUUGAUCUUUGGAGAAUCGGUGAGGAUGUUCUCUUUUAUUACUUUUCUUUGGAAUAUGAGAAUGUUUAAGGGAGGGUCAGGAACAUGUAUUUAUAUCCCAGUGAGCUCACUAGUUAGUAGGUUAAUGACAAGAUGUAUUUAUUGCAUUAAGAUGUAUGGUGUAAAUGAUUUCACCCUUCCAUUGUAGCAGUAGGUAACUCCUAAAGCAUUUCAGGACCUCUUUUUCUAUAAAUAGACAUUGUGUGUCAGUACGUACAACUGUAUGUGUGUGGGUGGGUUUUAUGCACACCAAUCAAUGGAGAAGCACUGAAAGCAGUUAACAGACUGGAGAAACCUGGACAGGCACAAAAAUCUCAGGGAGAAAAAAAAUAAACAGUAUAUGAAUAUCAAGAAAAUGAUGUUAAUAUACCCCACAUCAUUGUCAUCUCUUAAAACCUGUCGGGGUGUCAGACUCAUUCCAUGGACCGCCUAGUGUCCGAGGGUCCUCUGGAAUGACUUUGACGCCUGGUUAGAAUAACAACAUUUGUUGCUAAUUGAUUUUGGAAUCAUAGAGAGUCAAGAAGAAGGAUUGAAGGUGCUGCCUUGAGAUCAGGCUUAAUCGGCCACAUAGAAAUGGGGGUUUAUGGCGGGAAGGGCAUAAUGGUGGUGGUUACCGAUGUGUACCAGCAGUCCAGUGCUCAGCUCUCUGAAAGUCGACUUCUAUCCGCUUUAUGUCCGGGAUUCUCGGCUUCAGCACAUCACCCGUUCUGCAUGCCCUGGCUAUAUCAUUGUUGUGGAUGUUGAUAUACUUUGGUCACUCCUUGCCUUGCAUAAUUUUACAUGAGAAAUUGUAUAAGGCCUUAGUGUAAACGACGGUGUGUGUGUGUGUUUUGAUUUGUAUUUUUUUUUAACGUGUUUUAAUGCUUUCGUUAUUUAUUAAUAUUAAGUGGGAAAAGACAUGCAUUUUUUUUGCUGAACGAGCAGUGUGCCUGACGCCAACCCCCGCUUCAAGCCGCCCGUGACCGAAUCCGACGUUGUACAAUUCGAAGGUAGACUCCGCUUAAGGACAUUCCCAUGGGCAGCACCGCUAAAUGCGGUGUCGUUGUUCAAUGAUUUUUACAUUGUCCCAGUGUGCUGGCACAUUUGUGUUUGUGUCUUUUUUUACCUGUUACCAGACCUUCAGUAGUAUUUGAGGUCCUCUGGUUCAGUACACCUAUCUGUUAUUGUCAUUUGUUAUGGGUAAUUUCCAAUUGCCCAUCGCUGUUGUUAGAUUGAGGGCAUUUGAAUGUUGUAUUUGUUUUAAAGGCUAGGAUGUUCAUUGUGUGAAAUCCAAAAAUAUUUAAAUGUGAGUUUUUAUUUUUUUACAAUUGGUCAUCUUAGAUCCUGUUGCACUUAUUAAUGUACUGUAGAGGAGGCCAGGCCUACCAUCCUUCUAGCCAGCUGAUGUACACAUGUAGGAUCAUAAUUUGACCACCCUGUUGCAGGAGAAAAUUCCUACAAUCAUCAUUCUUCAAAUGUACAGGAUUAUUUUCUUGCUUAAAUUAGGAUCCUAUGUUGUUCAUAUGUUCUAGUAUUAAUAGCAUUCUAAGAAGAACAUUUGAGAUGCAUACAAACCCUCCUUUUUUUUGCAGCUAUUUCAUUUUUUGGAAGGACAAAUGUAAAUAACUUUGAGGCGUCCUAACUAGUAAUGGAAUAUUAUUUCCUGUCAAUUUGACUCCUUUGUCCUGACACUGAAUCAGAGUAGGUUAUCCAUCACCUGGAUUAUACUGUCACUAUGAAUGACACCCGAAUGACUCUGCCUCUCAUUGUAUUCAUUAUUGAGAGGAUCCAUUCAGCACUGGACCAUAGUGUUCUAUCAUGUACUCCACGCGUGUGCUCUGCCAAUUAUGAACACGUUUUGGUCGUUUUGUGUUUCAACGCACUUAUCUUGUUAAACGUGUUAUACACUGAAGUGAUUUAGCAUUUUCCCUUUUGUUUUUAUGUUGUUUUUCUAUUUUCAUAUGUUCUCUACUUUUGUGAUGUGGGGAAAUUAUUUUACCCUACUGCCUGCUGGUCAACAGUCAUGUAUUGAAAUGUGUAUGUUGUGGAAAUGAAUCUCCCUUAGGAGUCAUUUUAAAGUGAAAAUGAGGUCCAAGUUUGAAUAAACAAAACAAAACUCUA